AUGGAAUCGGCUGCGCUUCUGGAGCCUCUUUCUGUUGCCAUCCAUGCAACAAGAAGAGCCCAGAUCGAGCAGGGUGACACGGCCAUUGUUUUUGGCGCAGGCACAGUCGGCCUUCUGACAGCUGCGAUGGCCAAGGUGUCUGGCGCCACAACCGUUGUCAUCGCAGACAUCGACUAUGGACGAAUCAACUACGCCUUGGCGAACGGCUUCGCCCACAAGGGCUAUAUCGUGACCCCGCAGAAACAUGGCAACGAGACUGCUGAGAAGUUCGCCGUAGCCAAGGAGUUGGCUGCCGAUGUUAUGCAGAUUGCAUCCCAGAACGAGCCAGACUUUGAAGGUGCUGAUGUCACCUUUGACUGCACUGGAAAGGAAAUCUGCAUGCAAGCUGGACUAUACGCGACAAGGCCUGGCGGCAAGCUCAUCAUGGUCGGAAUGGGUACGCCAGUUCAGACACUACCCAUGUCAGCAUCUCAUCUGAAGGAGGUCGACAUCAUUGGCAUCUUCCGCUACGCCAACACCUACCCCACUGGUAUCAAGAUCCUGUCUGCCGGUGUACUUCCGAGUCUUGACAACAUGAUCACUCACAGGUUCCAUGGGUUGACGUCGACAAAGGAAGCUUUCGAGCUCGCCGGCAAGACGGUCGACAAAGACGGCAAGCUUGUUCUCAAAGUCCUCGUCGAGAUGUAA